AUGGCUUUUCUCAAGAUCCCCGAGCUGAACACGCGCCUUGGCACAUACCGUGCUUACCACCUGGCGGCCAUCAUCUUCAUCUCCUCCUUCUUGGCUGGCUACGAUUCUGGUAUCGCCGGUGGGAUCCUGACCUUCAAGCCCUUCAUCAAGGACUUCCACACGGGUGGCGCAUCCGAGGUGAGCUCCCUCACCGUCGGCCUCGAACAGCUCGGAUCCUUCCUCGCCGCCUUUGCCACAUAUCCCAUCACCAACGCCAUCGGCCGAAAAUGGACCAUCAUCGGGGCCACCGCCAUCUUCUGCGUCGGCGUCGUCAUCCAGGUCGCGCCCACCAAGUCCCUGGCUGGCUGGUACGUCGGCAGGAUCAUAGCUGGUAUCGGCAUGGGCGGCCAGAGCGUUGUGGUGCCCAUGUACUCUGCUGAGAUGACGCCCAAGGAGAUCAGGGGCCGGUGCGGGUCCUUUUACCAGUGGAUGUACACGUGGGGCGUGCUGCUGGCCUACUGGCUGGACUACGGCGUCGCCAACAAUGCCAGCAUCGCCAGCAGGUCGGCCGAGUGGCAGAUCCCCGUGGGCCUCGAGCUGGUCGCCGCCGGCAUCAUGCUCCUGGGCUGCCUGACGCUGCCCGAGUCCACGCGCUGGCUGCUGUCGAGGGGCCGCAACGACGAGGCCUGGCGCUCCCUCGUCUGGAUCCGCGGCUCCGAGGACGACAAGACCCAGGCGGAGUUCAGCGAGACCCAGCUCGGCCUGCGCGCCGAGGAGGCCGCCAAGGAGUCCUUCUCCUACCGGGAGCUGCUCGAGCCCGCCAACCGCCUGCGCUUCUUCAUCGGCCCUUUACUCUUUGUCUUCCAGAACGCCACCGGCAGCAGCGCCCUGGCUGUGUUUGCGCCCCAGUACUUCAAGCUGCUCGUCGGGAGCAGCGGCACCCGCGAUCUGCUGCUCACGGGCCUGUUCGGCGCGGUCAAGGUCAUCGCCUGCACCUUCUUCAUCUGGUUCCUGUCGGAGAAGUUUGGGCGCAGGACCUUGUUGAUGGGCGGCUCGGCGCUCAUGGCCAUCUGCAUGUUGAUCACGGCGCUUAUUGUGGAUGAGAUUCCGACACAGUCCAGCGCGACUGUCACCAGUGCUGGCAAGGCGACUGUGGCCAUGAUUUAUCUGGAUAUCAUGAUCUACAACUGCUCAUGGGGUCCCCUUCCGUGGGCCUACGCCCCCGAGAUCUUCCCAACACGCAUCCGAGCCAUCGGACUCGCGACAGCUAUGCUCGCUCAUUGGGCGACCUCGGUCUGUUUCUCUAUCGCCAGCCCGUACAUGAUCGCCAAUGUCGGGGCCAACACGUUCCUGAUUUUCAUGGGCUUCGACGUCCUCGCCACCGUGUUUUGUUUCUUCUUUAUCCGCGAGACGAAGGGCAAGAACCUCGAGCAUGCUGCGGGCACCGAGUGGCAGGUGGCGGAGAAGUCGACCUCGGACACGGAGCAUGGGAAGGCGAUGGAGCUCAUUGAGGCCCAUGAUGCCUUUAGCCCGGCCUUUAGGCGUGGGAAGCACCAUGCUUGA